CCGGCAACCAGCAGGUUACGUUGUGUGAGGGUGGUUAGUUCCUGUACUAGGCCCUGGUGGGGGGAGGGGGAUUACUGGCGACUAACUGCCUUGGGGGAAGCGGGGUCCGAGCCGACGCUGGGGGCCAUGGUGUCCGGGGUGUAGCGGAGGCGCCGGGCGGAGCAGUAGGGGGCACCAUGAUAAUUGAGAACGUGGACGCCCUCAAGACCUGGCUGGCUAAGUUACUGGAGCCGAUAUGUGACGCAGAUCCUUCAGCCUUAGCUAACUAUGUUGUGGCAUUAGUCAAGAAAGACAAACCAGAGAAAGAGCUGAAAGCAUUCUGUGCUGAUCAGCUAGACGUCUUUCUGCAGAAAGAAACUUCAGGUUUUGUAGAUAAACUUUUUGAAAGUCUGUACACAAAGAACUACCUUCCUUCCCUUGAACCAGCAAAACUAGAACCGAAGCCUUCAGGUCAGGAAAAAGAAGAAAUCAAAGAGGAGAUAUUUCAAGAGUCAUUUGAGGAAGAACGAGAUGGCAGGAAAAAGAAGCAUCCUAGCCCACAGAGAAACCGUUUAGAUUCUAAUGAACAAAGAACCAGAGAGAAAAAGAGAGAUGAUGGCAAAUGGAGAGACUAUGAUCGAUACUAUGAUCGGAAUGAUUUAUAUAGAGAUAAAUAUGACUGGCGAAGAGGCAGGAGUAAAAGUCGUAGUAAAAGCAGAGGGUUAAGCCGAAGUCGCAGCCGCAGUGGGGGUAGAAGCAAAGACCGGGAUCCGACCAGAAAUACUGGGAAUCCAGGAACUGAAGGGACUGGCAGAAUAAAGUGUUGUGGAUUUCAGGCGGAACACAAAGAGAGAGCAAAAUUCAAGAGUGAAAGGAAUGACACAGAGAGCACAUAUAAUCCAGUGUCUUUGUCAUCCAGUAAUUCUACUGAACAGUAUUCCUCUGCGCAAUCUAUUCCCAGUGCAGUUACUGUGAUUGCACCUGCUCACCAUCCUGAGAACACAACAGAGAGCUGGUCAAAUUAUUAUAACAAUCAUAGUGUUCCAAAUUCAUUUGGCAGAAACCCUCCGCCUAAAAGACGAUGUCGAGAUUAUGAUGAGCGAGGAUUUUGUGUACUUGGCGACCUUUGCCAAUUUGAUCAUGGAAAUGACCCGUUAGUAGUAGAUGAAGUUUCAUUGCCAAGCAUGAUUCCUUUUCCACCACCACCUCCAGGACUCCCCCCUCCUCCUCCUCCUCCUGGUAUGCUAAUGCCUCCAAUGCCAGGUCCUGCUCACAAUAUGAGAAUGCCAGGCCCACAAGUACAUCCUCAGCCACCACCUCCUGUUGUGCUUCCUGUGUCAAGACCACCUUUAACACAGUCAAGUUUGAUGAAUAAUCGUGACCAGCCUCGGACAAGUGCCGUGCCCAAUCUUGCACCAGUGGGAGCAAGACUACCUCCUCCUUUACCCCAGAACCUACUGUAUACAGUAUCAGAACAUACAUAUGAACCAGAUGGCUAUAACCCAGAAGCACCCAGUAUUACCAGUGCUGGUAGAUCUCAGUACAGACAGUUCUUUACAAGAACACAGACACAGCGACCAAAUCUGAUUGGCCUAACAUCUGGGGAGAUGGAUACAAAUCCAAGAGCUGCCAACAUUAUCAUCCAGACAGAAACUCCCCUUUCUGUUGCAAAUAACAGCAGCAAUGUAACCAGAGUGGUUCUUGAGCCAGACAACAGGAAAAGACCUCCAAGUAGCAUGGAAGGGCCGCCUGUAAAGAAACCCUGGAUGGGAAAGCAAGCCAAUAAUCAGAAUAAACCAGCGUUCAUGAAAAAGAAUCAGUACACUAACACCAGGCUGGAAGUUCGAAAAAUCCCACCUGAGUUGAAUAAUAUUACACAACUCAAUGAACAUUUCAGCAAAUUUGGAACUAUUGUUAACAUUCAGGUUGCUUUCAAGAAUGAUCCUGAAGCUGCUCUAAUUCAAUAUUUAACUAAUGAUGAGGCCAGAAAGGCCAUUUCCAGCACAGAGGCAGUUUUAAACAAUCGAUUCAUAAGAGUUCUAUGGCAUAGGGAAGGUGAGCAGCAGCCACCACUGUUGCAGCAGCACCUGCACCAUCAUCAGCAACCACCACCACAGUCUCUGCAUCACCAGCUUCAUCUUCAGCAACAAACACUGACUGCCCAACCGUCAUCUGCAACGGUACAUAGCAAUGUGUCUAAGGUGAUAAGUAAACCACUGGCAUCGGGUGCUUAUGUCCUUAAUAAGGUUUCAGUUAAACGUCGCCUUGGAGCAGCAGGUGGAAACCAGACAGAUACAGCACAUUUGUUAAACCAGUCCAGUGCUACUGCAGAGGAUUCUCAGACAUUUCCUUCUACAAUCCAUACAAAAAUGGUGUACAGUUCCCCAAACUUAAAGACGUCUGUGAAAUCUGGUACAGGUUCUAAAUCCCAUGAUGUUCAAGAGGCCCUUAAAAAGAAACAGGAGGCAAUGAAACUACAGCAAGAUAUGAGAAAAAAGAAGCAGGAGAUGUUAGAAAAACAAAUAGAAUGUCAAAAGAUGUUGAUAUCUAAGUUGGAGAAAAAUAAGGCCAUGAAACCAGAGGAGAGGGCAGAACUAAUGAAGACUUUGAAAGAGCUAACAGGAAAGAUUUCUCAAUUAAAGGAUGAAUUGAAAACUUCAUCUGUAUCUUCUACACCAUCUAAACUGAAGUCCAAGACAGAGGCACAAAAGGAGCUCUUGGAUGCAGAACUGGACUUUCAUAAAAGAUUGUCUUCUGGAGAAGACACAACAGAGUUGCGGAAAAAGCUCAGUCAACUACAGGUUGAGGCGGCUCGCUUAGGUAUCUUGCCUGUAGGUCGUGGAAAGGUGGUAUCCGUUCAGGGAAGAGGAAGAGGAAGAGGUCGUGGUGGGAGAGGAAGGGGCACGUUGAAUCAUAUGGUGGUGGAUCACCGCCCCAAAGCUCUAACUGUCGGUGGCUUUGUAGAAGAGGAGAAAGAUGAAUUGUUACAACACUUCUCUAAAUUUGGAGAUAUUGAAGACCUCCAAGAAGAGGAAUCUCCCUUAAGUGUCGUUCUGACUUUUAAGUCCCGGUCAGAAGCUGAAAAUGCUGCUAACCAAGGAUCAAGAUUCAAAGACCGAAGACUACAGAUAUCAUGGCACAAACCGAAGGUACCUUCUGUGUCCACAGACAUUGAGGAAGAAGAGUCCAAGGAAGAGGAGACUGAAACCUCAGAUUUAUUUUUGCAUGAAGAUGAUGACGAUGAUGAUGAAGAUGAAGAUGAAUCCCGUUCUUGGAGAAGAUGAAACUUGAUUUGGAAUUGUAUAGUUUUAGGAAUAUAGUUUGAACUGCAACUUUUAAAAAAAUAUAUUUAAAAAGUUGAUGAGCCAAAAAAUUUUACUUUCUUUUCUUUGCAAGAUACACAUAGAUUUAAAGUGAAAACAAGUUUGUGAUACGAACAUGUCAGAUACUUAUCUGUGAUACUAGGUUAGCCCAAGGCCCAGUGACUUUUUGCAGAGUUAUAAAGAUCAUCAGUGGUAGCGGUCUUCCUAUGGAGAAGAAACUCAUCAAUAUUGACAAGCCCUUUUUUUCAUGCCGCCUGUAUUAUCUUUUUUUAACGUUUUGCUUUAUUAUAUAUAAAUGAAAAGAUGUUACAGGUUUUAUUUAGUAAUAUUUUAGGAUUGCAGGGGAGAGCUGCAGACACAUUUUCAUUGUGUCAAUUGCUUCAUGCUUGCUAACUCCAAAAGUGUAGCAUUUUUUUACAUGUGGAGACAGCUAUUACAGGAAAUAUUUGUGUCUGAAUUCAUGU